ACACACCAUCAAACAAAGAAACAAGAGCUUAAAAGAUUAAACAUAGUUUCAAGUUUCAAACAGAAUCAAUCAAAUCUAAAGAUGAGUCCCAAGGCAUUGUUAGUUGUGAUCUUCCUCGGUUUCUUAGCCACUUCAUGUUUCUCUCAAGCUCCAGCCCCGGCACCAACCACCACCGUUUCUCCACUUCCUCCGGUCGCUUCACCGCCGGUUCCAGUUAACGAGCCAACUCCAGCUCCAACCACCGCUCCAACUACUUCUCCGGUUGCUUCUCCUCCUCUAACCGAUGCUCCAGCCUCUGGUCCUUCUGCCGUAUUAACCCCGACUUUGGCUCCGGCUCCGGGACCAGACACCGGUGCUGAAGCGCCUGCAAGCGCCGCGUGGGCUAAUCAAGCUUUCCUUGUGGGAACUUUUGUUGCCGGAGCACUAUACGCUGUCGCUUUGGCUUAGAGAGCUUUUGAGUUCGGCUGAUACGUUGAUCCUCUGCUUUUCGAUUACCGUUUUAUUAAUUAUUUUUAUUCGUUCGCAUGUGUAAUUUAUUAUUAUUAUUUGUAUAAUUCUUGUUGUGAUGAGGAUGAACAUAGAGACGAUAUGAAUAUCCAUUUUCUAUAAAUUAAAAACAUUUUUUUCAAAUUA